AUGAAAAACCUAAACCUCUUCCGGGAAGUUCCUUUGAUUCUCCGAUUAACCUCCGACGACGAAACUUUCCGAUUCGCCGCCUUAGAUAUCGAGCGCAACCGUCUCUUCUUCCUCUCUUCCCACAACUUCAUCUACAGUUACCACCUCUCUUCCUUCCACGAUAAAGAAGUUUGGAGUAAUAACACGUUGUUAUCUACGGAUUAUGGAACCGUUGAUCUCGAACCUGAUGAUAGUGUUACUUCAUUUGAUUAUCUCAUGGAGAAAGAAGCACUUCUUCUCGGAACUUCCAACGGGCUUUUAUUGCUUUAUGACGUUGACGCUAACGCAACUCAAGUUGUUGGUAACUUGGAUGGUGGUGUUAACUGCAUUUCCCUUAGUCCUGAUGGUGAACUUCUUGCUAUAAUAACUGGUUUUGGUCAAAUUUUGGUUAUGACUCAUGAUUGGGAUUUGUUGUAUGAAACACCACUCGUUGAUGACGAUGAUGUUCCGGAAGGCCAUCGCGUAAACGGGGAAAACUUUCUGGAGGGUGGGUCUGAGCAACAUCCGAUAUCUUGGCGAGGAGAUGGAAAGUAUUUUGCUACGAUGAGUGUGUGUAGUUCUAAGUUAUUGCGGAAACUUAAGGUUUGGGAUCGAGAUUCAGGGGCAUUGCUUGCUUCUUCGGAAGAAAAAACUUUUGCUGGAGCUGUUUUGGAGUGGAUGCCCAGUGGUGCUAAAAUUGCAGCUGUAUAUGACAGAAAAGCUGAAAAUGAAUGCCCUUCCAUUGUUUUCUUUGAGAGGAAUGGAUUGGAAAGAAGCAAGUUUAGUGUUGGUGAAGGAGUUAAUGCAAAAGUAAAAUUUCUGAAGUGGAAUUGCAGUUCUGAUCUUCUUGCGGGUGUUGUAGAAUGUGAAAAUUAUGAUGCUAUAAAGAUUUGGUAUUUUAGCAACAACCAUUGGUAUGUGAAGCAUGAAAUUAGAUACUUGAAGAAAGAUGAAGUCAAGUUCAUAUGGAAUCAAGAAAAACCUUUGCAGAUGAUUUGUUGGACUCUUGGUGGCCAGGUUACAGUUUACAACUUUGUUUGGAUCACAGCUGUUAUGGACAAUUCUGUUGCACUAGUCAUCGAUGGUUCCAAUAUUCAUGUAACACCACUUUCCUUAUCUUUAAUGCCACCUCCUAUGUAUUUAUUUAGCCUAAAAUUUUCUUCUCAUGUACGGGGUACGGCAGUAUAUUGUAAAAACUCCAAGAACAAGUUAGCUGCAUUUCUUUCAGAUGGUAGUUUAUGUGUUGUAGAGCUUCCAUCAAUCGAAACCUGGGAAGAACUAGAGGGGAAAGAAUUCAGUGUUGAAGCCUCUCAUACUGAAACGGUGUUCGGAUCCAUAUUACAUCUUGUAUGGUUGGAUUCACAUACGCUGUUAUCUGUUUCACAUUAUGGUUUCAGUCACAGUAAUGACUUAUUCAAAACCUCACUCAAUAAGGAUGCACUUCCAGGCUUCUUUUUGCAGGAAAUAGAAUUUGAAUGUUCUGAGGAUAUUGUUCCAGGAUUGCUGACAUGUUCCGGCUGGCAUGCAACAGUUUCAAAACAAAAUACCCUUAAAGAGCUUGUUAUUGGCAUUGCUCCAAACCCUGCUGGUAAAUCUUCUGCAUUUAUGCAGUUUUCUGGGGGUAAAAUCAAAGAGUAUUUAUCGAAAAUGGGCACUGGUGGUGCAUCUCUAGAGCAAGAAUUUCAAGGUUUUUCCACAGCCUGCCCUUGGAUGGGUGUGGCGCUGGUUGGAAGUGUUGGUCAGUCAAAACCAGUGCUUUUUGGACUGGAUGAGAUUGGCAGAUUGCAUACUAGCGGGGGGGUAGUGGUUUGCAACAACUGCAGCAGUUUUUCAUUUUACUCAAAUUUGGCAGACCAAGGAGUUAGACUUAAACUUUUGAAUUUGUCAGAGGUCGCUAAUGUUAUGCUAGCUGGAGGCCUUGAAAAUUGUCCUGCUGAUAACAAGGUGUCUUCGAUUUUGAUGGCCAUAAGGAAAGCACUUGAGGAACACUUUACAGAAAGUCCUGCAAGGGAGCUUUGCGUAUUAACCACUCUUGCUCGGAGUGAGCCUCCGUUACUUGAAGAUGCUCUAAAGAGAAUAAAAGUCAUUCGUGAAAAGGAGUUGUCUCAUGCUGAUGAUCAUAUGAGGAUGUCUUACCCUUCUGCUGAAGAAGCUUUGAAACACCUGUUGUGGUUGGCCGACGGGGAUGCUGUCUAUGAUGCUGCUUUGGGACUUUAUGAUUUAAAACUCACAGCUAUUGUGGCAUUGAAUGCCCAAAAAGAUCCAAAAGAAUUUCUUCCUUUCUUGCAAGAGUUGGAGCGUAUGCCUACACAAUUAAUGCAAUAUAAUAUCGACCUUAGGCUGAAAAGGUUUGAAAAGGCUCUCAGACAUAUUGCUUCCGCUGGAGAUUCAUAUUAUGAUGAUUGUAUGGCACUUGUGAAUAAAAACCCUCAACUUUUUCCAUUGGCUCUUCAACUUUUUACUGACCCUGCCAAAAGGAUGCCAUUCCUAGAGGCAUGGGGUGAUUAUCUUAGUGGUGAAAAAUACUUUGAAGAUGCUGCAACAAUUUACUUGUCCUGUUUCAAUUUGGAUAAGGCUCUGAAGUCUUAUCGUGCUAUUAAUAACUGGAGUGGAGUGCUUACAGUCGCUGGGUUCCUUAAUCUGGGAAAGGACGAAGUACUGCAUCUUGCCGGUGAACUUUGCGAACAACUUCAAGCGCUUGGUAAACCUGGUGAAGCUGCUAAAAUUGCCCUGGACUACUGUGUAGAUGUUAACUCUGGUGUGAAUUUAUUAAUUUCUGCUAGGGAUUGGGAGGAGGCUUUGAGGGUUGUUUUUAUGCAUAGAAGAGAGGACUUAAUUAAAGUCGUAAAAGAUGCUGCUGUUGAAUGUGCAAGCACACUUACCAAUGAAUAUGAGGAAGGCUUAGAGAAAGUGGGGAAGUACUUGACCCGUUACUUGGCUGUUCGACAGAGAAGAUUACUUCUUUCGGCCAAGCUCCGGUCAGAGGAGCGGGCAGCUAGUGAUCUGGAUGAUGACGCUGCUUCAGAAGCUAGCAGUAAUUUUAGUGGAAUGAGUGCAUACACCACAGGGACCAGGAAAAGUUCUGCUGUUUCUACUAUUUCAGCUGCAACUACCAGGGCAAGAGAGGCUAGGCGUCAGAGAAAGAGAGGAAAAAUCCGUCCUGGGAGUGCUGGUGAGGAGUUGGCCUUGGUGGAUCAUUUGAAAGGCAUGUCUCUGAGAGUGGAAUCAAGACGAGAGCUGAAAUCUUUGUUGGUUUCCCUUAUGAUGUUUGGUGACGGUGAAACAGCAAGGAAGCUACAGCAAAUGGGUGAAAACUUUCAAUUGUCUCAGAUGGCUGCAGUCAAAUUAGCCGAGGAGACAAUAUCAACCGAAACCAUAAAUGAGUAUGCACACACUUUGGAGCAAUAUACCCGAAAAGUCAGGAAUGAAAUUCACAACUCUGAGGAUUUGUCGUGGCGGUUGAAAGUUUUUUUGACAUAUGAGUAA